AGCUCGAAUGUAUAUAUAAGCCAGUGAGGCCGGCCGUUGUGCCCCAUCAGUUCCCACCCACAAACAUUUUACUUCAGAGAUUCCAUCUCAGAUACUUUCUCAAAUAUUCAACACCGACAGGCUUGCCAAUACGUCCCGAUACUACCUACAACAUGCGUUCAUUCAACGUCCCAAUUCUUCUGGCCAUCGCCGCGUUCGCAACGGCUCAGGAUGUUAUUGGCAUCUUCAAUCGGGACAAUCAAUGUCACCAUCACUCCGAUCAUCCUAUCCAUGAUAGACUAUGCGUUGAUACUGGCACGGCAGAGUAUGAACCUGCUUUUCGGCUCAUUCUACCAGCACUGGUGCCUUUACUAACCUGGGCAAUAUUAGAGCUAUUUCUCUGCUUGCCAACGGUGUUUGCCUUGUGUACAGGUAUGUUUCCUCACAGCUUCAAAUGACCGUAUCCAUUAGCUGAAUGUCAAUCCAUAGCGACCCGCACUGCACGGACCGCGGACGGCCGAGACACGCAGCGAUGGGAUGCCAUGUUUUGGAGCACUGGGGAAAUCCCGCAUCUAUCAGAUGUUAUAUCCCCUAGAGUGGAUGUUCAUAUCCGCAACUCGGGGAAUACAUCCUCACUGGACAUUCAAUUCCAGGCGUGUGAGGGGCUGCCAGGUAACCACUUUAAUAAGGACAAGAUAGCGUUCAAUGCCAGGUCAAUCAGCUCUACUGGUGCAGUUUGCCAUCGGUUGGCCCAAGAGGGUGCUCGGAGUGCCAGGAAUGCCUCCCUCGACCGGAUGCCUCGACAUGUGUGUGGUGCAAUUGAGUAAACGUGUUCUUCGUUUUGGGUUUGGGUUCCAUUCUCGAUUUUACUCGUAGAUGGCUUCGGUUACGCAGAC